AAAUUAAAGAAAAGAAAGCAUUAUAAAAGGAAAACUAAAGAGCAUAGGAGGAAGGGCAGCAAAGCUAAGCAUUGAAGGAAAGGAGAGGGAAUGACGUGGACUUGUUAGGACUUAGGACACGGUGCCCGCAAGCAACGGCCAAGAUUCGCUCUCACUCUCCUCCGUUUAUCUUCUCUCCUUGCCUUCUAUUUUCACUAGCUACCUCCAAAACUCACUCGAUCUUUUCUCUCUCUCUCUCUCUCUCGAAGAGGAUGCUGCUAAGAAAGCGUCCUCGUCCACCCAUCAGAAGAACUACAAGUGUGUCCGGCAUCACCGUUGAUCUUCCCAACGUGGAUGCAGUGGAGAUGCCGUCGUCCGAUGAUCAUGGGAGUAACCAAAACCACCAGAUGAUCGGAGAUCCUCAUCAUGCACUGGUGGGAACUGAGGAAGAGUGUCUAAGUUAUUAUAACAACUACUACAACAUGAGUGGUUUUGAUGGUAAUAGUAAUGGCUUAUAUGAUCAGCGUUUCUUGCCAACCAUGCUGUCUCCAAGGAAUAACCAAAGGAGAAGCUCUGGUGAUUUCUUGGAAACUGCUCAUUUCUUGAGGACUUGUGGCCUUUGUAAACGCCGGUUGGCUCAUGGGAAAGAUAUUUACAUGUACAGAGGGGAUACAGCUUUUUGUAGUGUAGAGUGCAGAGAACAACAGAUGAAGAAUGAUGAGAGAAAAGAAAAGUUGAGUGGUGUUGUUAUUAUGGCAUCAAAGAAAGAAGAUCACCAUGCAUCACCAUCCACAACAUCAUCAAGCUCCAAGGCGGCUGCUGCUGCUGCUGCUUCUAGGAAAAGUGAGACUCUGGCUGCUGCUUGACUUGAAGACUCUAGUAUUUUGGAGAGAUAAUUAAUGGCUACAGAUAAUAUAUAUUGCCAUUAUCAGUCCACAUCAACUCCAUUGAUGCCCCCCAUAAAUAUUUUACAUGAUGAGCUUUGAGCAAGACAAUAUAUUAUAUAAUAUAAUUAUUGUGUAAAAUUAUGUAGAAAUUAAAAAAAAAAAAAACCGAUAAUGGGUGUACUUAUUUUUAUGGAUGCUAAAUUGCUAAUUAAUGGAAAUGGCUUGAUCUUUCUCUCCA